AUGGAGAACAAGAUUAUGCUAAACAUAAACAUGCUGAUGAAAAAGUUCCUCACUGAAGAGAAGGAAUAUAUUAAAUUUAUGAAUAAAGAAAAGAAUGAUAUAAUAGUAUUUGAAAAAGAGAAUUUUUAUAUAUAUACUAAUGUAUUAUGUGGAAUUGAAAGUAGAAAAAAAGAAAAAUAUAAUGUUGGUGAUAUAUAUUUAUUUUUAUGUUUAGCAAAAAGUAAUUAUACGUUUUCUUAUAUUAAUUCGAUUGGUUAUAAAUAUAUUAGUAUAUUAGAACGAAAUAAAAUAAUAAAAACUAUUGAAGAGAAUCAAGAAGAUACAGAUGAAAUAAAAAUAAAUUGUUAUAUAUAUGAUCAAGAAAAAAAUAUUAAUUUGAAUAAAUAUAUAAAUACACAUAACGAUUAUUUAAUAAAUAUAGAUCUCUUUGAUAAAUUAGAUGACGUAGAAAUGGAAAGUGACAUAUUAUUUACACAAAAGAAUUAUAAUAAUGAUAUUUAUGAUAAAUUUAAUCAGGACAAACAAAAUAAUGAUGAAUAUAUAUCUAAUAUUAAUGACAAAAUUAUAGAAAAAAAAAAUAUUAAUGAGGAUACACAUAAUUAUACUGACGAAAAUUUAAUUUCUUUUGAUUAUACCAAAAAAUUAUUUGAUAUAAAUAAAAUUAAUGAGUCAUUUAUAAUCCAUAUGAAAAAUGAUGAUAUAUUUUGUACCUCUCUAUAUAAUAAAUAUAAAAUGAGAAAAAGCUCAACAAAAAAAAUUAAUAAACUUAAAAAACGUAAAUAUAAUUUUAUACAAGACGAUGUAUGUUCUACUAUAUAUGACGAAAUGGUUUAUUUUAACAACAAUGAAAUUAAUACAAUAAUAGAGGGAAAUAAUAAUGUAAAUAAUAAUUUCGAUUUUAUAAAAGUUGAACAUAAUAUGGAACGUAUAAUGAAUAAAACAAAUUAUGACUUAUAUAAUGAUAAUAAUGAAAAGAAUAAUAUGGAUGAUCAUACAUAUAACAAUGAUCUUUAUUAUUAUAAUGAUAACAAUGUUUCAGAUGAAAAAGAAAAAAAAAUAAAAACUUACAAUCUUGUAAAACAUUAUUAUGAAAAUAAUGUCUUUAAAAAUAUAUUUUUUCAGAAUAUGAAUUUGUAUUCAUUAAUAAAAAAUAUAUAUUUAACAAAUAUAUCUAAUGAAGAAUAUAUAGAUAAAAGCACACAUUUUAUUAUUCAAAACUUUUAUAAUAAUUUUAUUUCUUAUAUUGAAAAUUAUGAUAAAUAUGUACUAAUGUCAAAUGAACAGAGGCACGAGCAAAUUAAAAAUAUAAAAAAUAAUAAUACGAAUGGACAAGAAAAGGAUAUUAUAAAUGAUGAAUAUUAUUUUAAUAACGAAUAUGUUGAUAAAAAUAAGUUGGAAGUAUUGUUAUCGUCUUUCAAUGAAAAUUAUGUAGACAUAAAUGAAAUAUAUAAGGACAAUAUAUAUCCAUCAUUUGAAAAUUAUAAAGAUAUGUACAUAAAUAAUAAUAAUAAUAAUAGUAGUAGUAAUAAUAAUAUGGAUGUGAUUCCAUUAUUAAUACGUAGAAAAAGAAAAUAUCAUAACCUUUCAUUUGAUGAUAAAUAUUCAUUACAAUAUUUAAAAAAUUUUAAUGAUCAUGAUAAAUUAAUUUUUUUUAACAAUAUGAUUUCUAAAUAUAUAUAUGCAAUUAGUGAUAAACAUUUUUAUGAAAGGAAUAAAAAAACCAUAAAUUUUGUUCAUAAUUUUUUAUAUCAAUAUAAUGUAUCAUUGAAUGAUAUAAAAGAAUAUUACAAUAUUAUAUUACCUCAAAAAAAAUAUCUAGCACUACAAAAGAUGUCAUAUGAAAAUGAAGGUCAUAAAAGUGAUAAUCAAUUUGAUGAUAAUAAUGAUGAUGAUAAUAUGUUCGAAAUAUGUAAAGAUCAAAAUGUAGAUUUAAAUAAUGAUAAUUAUGUUGAUGAUGUCAUAAAUAGGAAUAUUAAAAGGUAUAAUGAAAAAAAAAUUGCAAAAAAUAAAUAUUUACAAAUUAAUAGUUGCGAUUUAAAUAAUUCCUCUAUAUUUCAUGCCCUCCAAUUAGAUAAUAAUAUUAAAGAUAAUAAUUUUGAAUUAAUAAAAUCUGUAAGUGUAAAAGAAGUAAAUGUUAAAGAUGUUCAUGAUAACUUAGGAAACAAUUCAGCAGAUUUUAGUAGAAUACAUAAUUAUUUUAAAGAAGAGCUUUUAAAUAAAAAUAAUAUAAAAAAUGUAUUUAUAAAUGGUAUUAAGAAAAAUAUUAUUGUCGAUGAUCAAUCAAAAAUGGAUGAUAAAAAAAAAAUAAAAAAAAAAAAUUAUAAAUGGAUAGAUGAAAUACAUUUGGUAUAUAAAAAAAGACCAAUUAUUAUAAUUGAAAAGAAUCAAAUAAUAACAAAUAAUGAUAAUAAAAGUAUUAUUGAUAAUACUAGAAAGCCAAUAAUUAAUAAAAAUAAUGUUAAGUCAUUCCUUUUACAUAAUAAAUUAUUAACUACGAAUAAUGAUGAUAAUAUCUUACAAAAUGAUAAAAAUAAACAAAAUGUAUUUCAUUCUACAUCCCUUAUUUAUAAAAUGUUUAAUAAAAGUAUAAAAUUUUUAUUUGUUGAAAUUAAUCAUAUUAAAAAAUUCACACAAAACGAUUGGAAAUGCGUAAUUGCUGUUAUAUUAAAUUCAAAAGAAUCUAUCAAAUAUAUUUUCAAAUAUUAUCCUUAUCAAAUUACUACAACAUUAUUUUAUCCCUUUAAAAAUUUUCUAUUUAUAUAUAAUGAUGACACAAUACCACAUGAAUUAUUAUCACAAAGUAAUAUGGAAAUAAUUAAAUUAAAUCGUGAUCAUAGAAAUGAUGAUCAUUUGGCUGUGCAAAAAUUCUGGAAGAAAAUAGAGCACUUCAUCCUACAAAAGAGGGAUUCAAAUUUUUAUAUUCCAAAAAAAAAAAAAUUAGUAUAA